CCAUAAGACUUCAAGAUGAGCACUGAACAAACUCCUGUACUUUACGCCUAUUAUAGAUCGUCUGCGUCAUGGAGAGUUCGAAUUGCAUUGGCAUGGAAAGGCAUUGACUUUGAAUUAAAGCCAAUUGACUUGUUCAAACAGCAACAAAAAACCGAAGAAUAUACCAAAAUUGUGCCCACCCAAAAAGUACCUGCUUUGAUUACGAAGGAAGGAAAGACGCUUUCUCAAAGUCAAGCCAUUCUCGAGUAUCUUGAGGAAGCUUAUCCUGAGCGUCCAAUGCUUCCCAAGUGCUUAUACGCGAGAGCGGAGGUUCGUGAAAUAUGUCAGAUUGUUGCUUGUGAUAUUCAUCCUAUUCAAAAUCUGGGAGUUCUUAUUCGUGUAGCAGGAAAAGAUUUGGAAAAGAGAGCUGAGUGGGCACGCGAGUCUAUUGAGCUUGGUUUUAAGGGGUUAGAGGCUAGAUUGGAACUGACCUCGGGAAUCUACUGUGUUGGCAACUCUAUUACAAUGGCCGAUUUCUUUGUUACAGCCAUGGUUGGUAAUGCAAAGCGAUGGAGUGUUGAUAUGACGGCCUUUCCUAUCUUGACUCGUAUUAAUAACACGUUAUCUACUUUGCCCGAGUUCAUUGCUGCUUCUCCCUUCCAUCAACCUGACUGUCCUCCAGACUUGAAAGAGUAAUUUAUGCCGCUCGCAUAUAAAUAGUCACAUGAAUAAAAAAAAAAAAGUCAUACUACGUAAUCUUUUUUUUUUUUCAUACAA